CCGCGCAGGCUGCGGCGGAAGUUAGGCCGCGUUGCCAUGGCGAUGAGCGGGGCCGUUCGGGGGUGGGAGCGCGGGGCUCGGUGGCCGGUAGCAGGCCGCUGGAGCCCGACGCGGAGCUCAAGAUGGACCCCGAGGCGCUCGUCCAGUGUCCCUACGACAAGGCGCACCAGAUCCGGGUGUCCCGGCUGCCUUACCACCUCGUCAAGUGCCAGCGGAACAACCCGCAGGUGGCUCGCUCGAUGGAGAUCUGUCCUUUCAACGCCAGGCACAGGAUCCCACGAGCCGAGCUGCAGAGACACAUUGCCUGCUGCCCCGACCAGCGCCUGCUCUUCGACUCUCAGGGGUCGUCCAUGUGCACCGGUGACCAGGCAAAGCAACCCAAGGUCCCCGUGGCCUGGCAGGCCCCCCCGUGCCAAGAGGACUGGGAGGCAGAGGUCAGUGAGCUGGAGGAAGCUGCACCGUUUAUCCUCGACACCACUAUCAGUGAGCUGCCCCUCCAAGGAGACAGCACUGCUCUGACUGCACCCCCAAACUGGAGCGAAGGUGUGGGUCCUGCUGCAGCAACGGUGACAACAGGACACCUCGUGAAGGGGCCGGGCCAGCAGGAGCAGAACAGACCAAGGAGGGUGGUGGCACAGCCGAGGUGGUGCCCACCUCCCCACUAGGACCAGGGGAACCACGGUGCAAGCAAGGGCAGCACCUGCUUGGUAUCUGCUGCAGGGAAUGGUUGUAGCAAUAGGUUUUAAAAACGUUUUGCAAAUA